AUGACGCGGCCGCGAAAUAAUGGUACAGAAGGGAUCGAACAAGAUCGAAUGACUGUAAGGAAUUUUAACAAGUUGUAAAGUGGAAGUAUAAUUCUGCUUGAUUUUCGCAUCUCUCGUUCAAAUUCUGGAAUGUAGAAUUUUACUGCUCUUGUAGAAUCGAGACGAAGGAUUCAUUUUCCGGUUUUAGGUACUACUUUUAUUUUACAACCUUAUCGAACCGAAGAGAACUACAGCCACGACAUGAAGGAGCACAAUUUUCCACAAUUAUUAAAUAACAAGCUGCUGAAGGCAGCUCGUGGUGAAAAAGUCGAUACGGUACCUGUAUGGAUAAUGAGACAAGCGGGACGAUAUUUGCCAGAGUUCAGAGAAUUUCGUACAAAACAUGAUUUCUUUUCUAUUUGUCAAACACCAACAUUGGCAUGUGAAGUUACGUUACAGCCAAUUAAGCGAUUUCAAUUAGAUGCAAGCAUUAUAUUCUCUGAUAUCUUAGUAAUUCCUCAAGCUAUGGGAUUGACCGUCGAAAUGAGGCCAGGAGUUGGUCCCGUGCUUCCUCGACCACUUGUACUUCCGGCAGAUAUGUCUAGAUUAAGAAAGCCUAACGUCAAUGAAGAUCUUGGCUAUGUGGGCGAAGCCAUAACUCUUACUCGUCAAUCUCUUCAGGGAAAAGUACCACUUAUUGGUUUUACCGGAGCACCUUGGACGCUAAUGAGCUACAUGGUCCAAGGAAGCGGCAGCUCAACGAUGGCACAAGCUCGCUCUUGGCUGUACAAAUAUCCAGAAGCUUCCCAUAAACUUUUACAGAUGAUUACGGAUGUAGUCAUUGAAUACCUUGUAAUGCAAGUGACUGCUGGAGCCCAAGUAUUGCAAGUUUUUGAAAGUCAUGCCGACUAUUUUGACGAUAUUUUAUUUGAGGAAUUCUCCUUAAAAUACUUCAAGCAAAUUAGUGAAGGAGUAAGAAAACAAGUGAAAGAGAAAAAUCUUCCUGAAGUUCCGAUGAUCGCAUUUCCAAAAGGUGCAACAUUGACUUCGUUAGAAGUUUUGGCAAAACUCGAACUGUAUGAAGUCAUUGGGCUCGAUUGGACCAUUGAUCCUGUCCUAGCUAGGAGUCGGUUGGGUCCUAAUGUCACUUUACAAGGAAAUCUGGAUCCCUGUGCAUUAUACGCUUCCGAGGACAAAGUGUACGAGUACGCAAGAAAAAUGGUGAAGGCAUUUGGAAAGGAUCGAUACAUCGCCAACUUGGGACAUGGUAUUCUUCCAGAUAUACCGAUUAAAUCGGUAGAAGCAUUUAUACGAGGAGUGCACUCGGUUUGAAAUUCCAACUUACACAAUUAAAAAUAUGUACAAAACAGAUUGUCAAAAUAAAAAUUAUACAUUGUUUACAAA